UGGCGGCUUAAUCAAUCAAUUCCUGGGCGUUCCCCUAAUCAGCCCCUGAGAGCUUCCCUAAUCAAGUAAUACUGGCUUAAUUAAUUAAUCAGUCCCUGGGGCCUCCAAUAAUUAGCUCCUCGCUCCGCAAGCUUGGGAAGGGAGAAGUGACGUAGAGGAAGGGGCGGGGUGGAGCGGCGCGGCGCGGCGUCAGAGGCUUUCCCCCUGCGCGCGCUCCGGCCGCUCUGGGCGCCGAGGAGGAGCCAUGGAGCUGCCCCCCUCCUGCUUCCAGUCCUGCCUGGAUUUCUGCCCCGAAUGCGGCUCCGUCCUGCCCCGGCCGGGCCCCCGCAGCACCGUCCGCUGCCCCCGCUGCGCUUUCGCCCUCCACAGCGACGAUUUUGAGGGUAAAACCAUCCGCAGCGCCAUCGAGUUCAACCGGUUGGAGCCGGCGGCGGGGCGGGGGUCGGAUCCUGCGCCCCACCUCGAGGGGCCCCUGGUGGAACGGCGGUGCCCCCGCUGCGGGCACGAGGGCAUGGCGUACCGCACCCGGCAGAUGCGCUCGGCCGACGAGGGCCAGACCGUCUUCUACACCUGCCCCCACUGCCGGUUUCAGGAGAAGGAGGAUUCGUGACGGGGUAUCUGCCCCCCCCCCCCCCCGCCUGGGGUAUUUGCCCCCUCCCAUGUGGGUAAUAAAAGCCCCUGGGGUUUUUAUUCAGG